AUGGAAAAAGCCGGCAGUGGAACUAAUGCCAGGUUUUGGAAUGGGACGAGCACUGGCAGCACAGGCCAGCCAAUUAACGAGAAACAGUGUCAUUCUCCUCGUCCUCCUCCACUCAUUUCAAAAUUCCGCGGUGAGCCUCCUGACGAUCUUGCAACACAGGAGCCGCAAACACGGUCCAAAUCUACAACAAAAAUGACCAGCGUGUUCUCCUCCCUCAAGACCGCUCCGGCGGGUGCCUACUAUAUAAUUAAUCCCGAAUGGGCUAGUGAGUCCAAAACCAUCUCGCAUUUGGGACUAUCCCCUCGACCAGCCCCAUUGGAGACCGGUGUCCACUUUUCCCGAAAAUCCCAGCCGACCUCCUCGGGGAGAGGAUGGGAUGAAACGCUGGUAAAUAGCCGGGGGGAUUCUCACCAUGGAAUCCUGCCGGAGGACCGGGGCAACGAGAGCUUCCUAUCGGCUGCUCGUCGGGCUAAUUCACAAAACCCCGUUUGGCCUCAUCGUUGCAAAAGUGCACCAUCAUCAAAGCGAAGUCGAAAUCCAAUCUCUUGGGUAUAA